UAGCACAACAUUGUACAGCAUGGUCUCUGAAACAGUGCUUUUUUUCCUGUCCCUUCUUGGUAUUCUUAUUUCUCAAGCUAUUGCCGAGCCAGACUACCAAUACAAUUACACAAUCUGCUACCAAAGUGGAGACUAUGACCCUAAUACCACCUACCAAACUAACCUCAAUACUGUUCUUUCAAGGCUCACUUCCAACACCCAAAUUGAUAAUGGCUUCUACAACUCCUCCUAUGGCCAAGACUCUGAUAGAGUCUACGCAACUGGCCUUUGUAGAGGAGAUGUUAGCCCACAUACCUGCCUUACUUGCCUCAAUCAUUCUACUUCCCUUCUCCUAAAGUACUGUCCACAUCAGAAGGAAGCUGUGGGAGGAUUUGAUUUGUGCAUGUUACACUAUGCAGAUGACUCGAUAUUUGGUUACCAAGAUUCUAGUUUCCGCUUUUAUUUUUGGUGGGAAGCUAAUGUAACAGAUUGGAAUCAGUACAGUUAUGUGCUGAACAAGUUGCUUUUCAAACUAAGAGAGAAAGCCGCAUCAGCUGAUUCCUUUAACAGAAAUAAAUUUGCUGCAGGAAAUGCAACUGGUCCGAGUUCUGAAACUAUAUAUGCCGUUGUUCAGUGCUCAACUGAAUUGACUGAGGCAGAGUGCAAUGACUGCUUAGGUGGUGCCUUUUCAGAAAUAUCCAAAUAUUGUAAUAACAGAAUUGGUGGCGGAAUUGUUAAAUUAAGCUGUAAUUUCAGAUAUAUGAACUCCAGCUUCUAUGAGCCUACUGCGGAGACACUAGCACUACAAUUGCCACCACAAGGAUUUGCAUCUCCUCCUUCAUCCUCACCUACACCAUACACCACUUCAAACUCUUCUCAGAGUACUUAUCAUGGAAAAAGCAACAGAUCACAACCUGUCAACGCCAAGUACGUUGUGCCAAUUAUUGUCUUUACUGGGGUGCUGAUUCUUAUUUGCAUCUAUUUAAGAUUAUGGAAGCUAAGAAAGUAUUUUGAGAGUGAAGCUAAGGUCGAUGAUAAAAUUAUACAAUUAGAGUCGUCACGGUUUGACCUUGACACCAUCAGAGUCGCUACAAACAACUUCUCUGAUGCAAACAAGCUAGGACAAGGAGGAUUUGGACCUGUUUACAAGGGCACACUCUUCAAUGAACAAGUAGUAGCAAUCAAAAGGUUAUGUAGCAACUCUGGCCAAGGAGAUAUUGAGUUCAAGAAUGAAGUACUGUUAAUGUCAAGGCUUCAGCACAGAAAUUUAGUUAAGCUCCUUGGUUUCUGUUUUGAAAGAGAAGAACGACUUCUUGUCUACGAGUUUCUUCCCAACAAAAGUCUUGACAACCACAUAUUUGAUCACAUCGGGAGAGCACAUUUGGAUUGGAAAAAACGCUACGGUAUAAUUAAAGGCAUUGCUUAUGGUCUUCUUUAUCUUCAUGAGGAUUCUCAGCAGAGGAUUAUUCACCGAGAUCUCAAACUGAGCAAUAUUCUUUUAGAUGAUAACAUGAAUCCUAAGAUUUCAGAUUUUGGUUUUGCAAGGCUUUUUAAUGUGGAUCAAACACAGUUUAAUGCAAGUAAAAUUGCAGGAACCUAUGGAUACAUGGCACCUGAGUAUGCGAGGCAUGGAAAACUCUCGAUGAAGUUAGAUGUCUUCAGUUUUGGUGUAAUAAUGCUAGAGAUUGUAAGUGGCCAAAAGAAUAGUGGAUUUCGUAAUGGAGAGAAUGCAGAGCAUCUAUUAAGCUUAGCUUGGAAAAACUGGAUGAAAGGGAGAAUAGCUAAUAUUAUAGAUCCCGCCUUACAUAAUGGUUUGAGAGAUGAAAUAGUGAGAUGCAUUCACAUUGGACUACUUUGUGUACAAGAAAAGGCUGCUGAUAGACCAACAAUGGCAUCAGUGGUGCUUAUGCUUGAUAGCCACUCUUUUGCUCUACCAGUUCCAUUGCAACCUGCUUAUUUUAUGAAAAAUAGCUGUUUAUCAGUUAUCCAGUUUUCGAGGUAUGGUUCUACAGAAACAGGGUCAAGUGAACAGAAAAGUUAUUGUGCUGAUGGAUCAGCUAAUGAGGCUUCAAUUAGCAGUCUAUAUCCUCGUUAAAUAUGAAUCAUAUGGUUAUACUCAAAUGUAAUGAUCGUUACUGCAAUUAAAUCUUAUUUGAACUCUU